CCAUCGCGUGGUACGCGUCGUUUAUCUUGCAGUAUUGCAACGAGGUUAAAAUGUGACUUCGGUGUUUUAUGAGUGAUUCGAAUGAUAUUUUCUAUAGCGAUUUACGGUGCUUAUUUUUCUUUUAACAAAUAGGAAAGUGCACUAGUUUGCCCGCGACAGCGACAGUGACGUGACGUGGACGCGACGCGUCCAAGGAUUAAAAGUUUAUUGCGACGAGACACAAUCUGAACAAAAACUUUCGAUACGAUCUAUAAUUCUUUAUACGUUCCGAACGUAAUCAUAAGACUUUACUAUCAGAUCACUUCUCUAGCACACGUGACAGACGAAAAUUCGAGAAUAUUUAAGAAAAUUUGAAUUCAAUCUUCUUGGUUCCUGAGUUCCUAUUUAUCUGUGGAGGAAUAAGGGGUCUUCAUUAAAUUAUGGUUGUUUCGAAAGUCGACAACAUGGCCUCGUAUUCCACAUACGCGGGAAAACCGAAAAUGUUCUUCCCAAAGAAGGUACGUUCAGAAGAGUCUCUGCUUUCACCGGAAAAAAUCACCAAGAGUUCAAGAUGGAUACCAGAUGCAUUUUCACACGAUGGCAACAACAGCCUGAAACACAACGGAAGCACCAAGGAGAUGGCAUUCGUCAUGGAAAACCUAAAGAAAGGCGGCCUGGUUUCCCGCCAAAAUCAGAGUCUUAACACUCAGGUCACCGGCUCUACCAGUCAACAGAUGGUAUCGAGUUCGACAUCCAGCAGCGCUACAACAAGCCAAAGGCUUCAGAGUUCACAGCGAUUGCAACAUUUAACAUCAGAAAUGAAGGCAAACUCUAUGAAGUCUGAUCUAACAGAACUAAAGAGCUCAAUAUCUGAAAUGAAGAACUUAAGCAGCUCAGCUGCUAGGAACUUUAACUCAGUUGGAGGACGGCUGAGGAGUUCAAUGGAAAACAUAGUUGAUCAAGAUGACUUGGGCGACCGACAUUUGCCCGAUAUUGGUGAUCUCACAGAAAUCACUGAUAUGAGCGACAUUGGUGAUAUGAGCGAGCUCUCAGGGGAUGGACCUCUAGUGACGUUCCCCGAAUCAGAUACGCCACCUCCUAUUACUGAAAAGCCAUCGCUGUUACUAGCUAGUUCUGCUGCGGUGGGCACCAAUGCAACCAAUGAACUCAAAUACAGCACCGCCCGUGUAACAUCAGCAAGCUCUACUCGCGUCGUCGCCGAUGGAUACAGUGCUUCAAAAUCGGCAGCAAAUAGUGCAAAGAUGCGAACACUGCAACACGGUGACCUGCAAUACGCUGAACAUAGUGCGGCUGGUGCGUCUCGGCGGCUGUUGCAGGCUGAGGGACUUACUGCCGAACAGAAAGCAGCUUAUUUACAAGAGCAGCGAUCGCUCAAGUCGGGGGAGGUGACAGCGCAAGAAGCCAACAACAUGUCAGCCUCUAGUUCUCGACUUCAGACGGAAGCCUUCAGCGCUGAGAAAAAAGCGAUGGCCACUGCACAGGCGCGACAGACAGUCACAUCAAGCGGCAUGUACAGUCACAAGGAGCACUCUAGUAUUGCUCAUUCAAAUAUGACGAUCUCCAGCAAAAACAUGUCGACGAAAUCAUCACUCUCUACACAGAUGAGCCAUUUAUUAAAUGGAACUAUCAAACCAGGUGACGAAGAUUUGACAAACUUAACCUUCGAAGAUUUAGAGAAAUUAAAUGCAAAUUCGAAUCAAGGCGACGUAGAGUUGGCGAUACAGAAAUAUACCACGAGAAUGAAUGCUUUUAUAACAUCUUUAAAGAAGAAUCAAAUAGACAUGAGAAACGCUUCAGCCCAUUUCGACAAAUUGAAUGAGAUGUUGAGGAGAGCCUGGGCUGUUCCCACAUAUGGACACGAGCUCGGGUUUUCGCUUUGUAAUACCUUGAGAGCGUCUGGAGGGCUUGAUAUAUUAAUGGCGAAUUGUCUUGAAUCCGAUGCAGACUUACAGUUUUCCUCAGCAAAACUACUAGAACAGUGCCUUACCACGGAAAAUAGAGCUCAUGUUGUAGAUAACGGUCUAGAAAAAGUCGUUAACGUCGCCUGCGUUUGUACAAGAAACUCUAAUUCAGUUGACCAUUCGAGAAUAGGCACCGGCAUAUUAGAGCACUUGUUUAAACAUAGUGAAAGCACAUGCAGUGCAGUAAUUAACUUAGGAGGGUUGGAUGCAGUUUUAUUUGAAUGUAGGAAAAAUGACGUUGAAACACUGAGACAUUGUGCUACCGCCCUUGCUAAUCUAUCACUGUAUGGCGGCGCUGAAAACCAAGAAGCUAUGAUCAAAAGGAAGGUACCGAUGUGGCUAUUUCCUUUGGCUUUCCAUAAUGAUGACAAUAUCAAGUAUUACGCGUGUUUAGCAAUAGCAGUUUUAGUUGCUAACAAAGAAAUAGAAGCUGCUGUAUUAAAAUCUGGCACACUAGAAUUGGUGGAACCUUUUGUUACAUCACAUAAUCCGUCCGAUUUUGCAAAAUCAAAUUUAGCGCAUGCGCAUGGUCAAAGUAAAAACUGGUUACAAAGACUCGUUCCAGUGUUAAGCUCAAAAAGAGAAGAAGCUAGAAACCUGGCGGCUUUUCAUUUUUGCAUGGAAGCAGGUAUAAAAAAGCAGCAAGGUAACACGGAGAUAUUUAGGGAAAUAGGAGCUAUAGAAUCAUUGAAGAAAGUAGCAAGCUGCCCAAAUGCAGUUGCAUCCAAAUAUGCAGCGCAAGCUUUAAGAUUGAUCGGUGAGGAGGUUCCACAUAAAUUGUCGCAACAAGUCCCUCUAUGGUCGAUAGAAGAUGUCCGGGAGUGGGUGAAACAAAUAGGAUUUUCAGAAUACGCUAACAAUUUUUAUGAGAGCAGAGUUGAUGGAGAUCUAUUGCUUCAAAUAACAGAAGAUAAUUUGAAAGAAGACAUUGGCUUACAAAAUGGAAUCAAACGUAAAAGAUUCACUCGAGAGCUUCAACAGCUAAAGAAGAUGGCUGACUACACCUCCCGUGAUACAGGAAGCCUUAACGACUUCUUGCAGACCAUCGGUCCGGAAUACACAAUAUACACAUAUGCUAUGCUCAACGCAGGCGUGGACAAAGAGUCUAUCAGAGGGUUGAGCGACGAACAACUCGAGAAUGAGUGCCGCAUUGUAAACAGCAUACAUCGAUUAAGGAUAUUGAAUGCAAUCAAAGCAUAUGAGAGUAGUUUACCAAGUAAAGGAGAAGAAAUAAUGGAGAAAAAUUUAGACGUGUUCGUAAGUUACCGGAGAUCGAAUGGAUCUCAACUGGCCAGUUUGCUGAAAGUUCACUUACAGUUGCGAGGAUUCACCGUAUUCAUAGACGUGGAGAGGCUUGAGGCUGGCAAGUUUGAUAACAACUUGCUACAGAGCAUACGGCAGGCUAAGCACUUCUUGCUAGUCCUCACACCUAAUGCUCUGGACCGAUGCAUAAAUGAUACAGAUCAGAAAGACUGGGUUCAUCGGGAAAUUGUUGCAGCGUUGCAAUCACAGUGCAAUAUCGUCCCAAUUAUCGACAACUUUGACUGGCCGAAUGCCGAAGAACUCCCAGAGGACAUGAGGGCGGUGUGCCAUUUUAAUGGGGUGCGAUGGAUUCAUGACUAUCAAGAUGCGUGUGUGGAAAAGCUAGAGAGUUUCCUCCGUGGAAAAUCCAACUUGGCCACCCGACUAGACGGAUUCCGUGGUCGCAACGAAGUGCCAACUCCGAGCACUGCUGCGAUUGGUCGCGGCCCGCCUAACUACCAGCGGAUGACUUCUUGCGAGAGUCGAGGGAGCGAUAAAGCAGAUUGACUAGAGUCACCCAUACACACACUGCCGCCUAUAAGGCCACGACGGAGCCGCCAAUCUUCCUUAGAAAAAGCUUUGCCUGCAACUUCACAGAGUUGCGAUCAAUUAUCCAGUAGUAGCACAUCAAAAACGGCGUCUCCAGAAAAAUCAUUGUAUAGCUUGCCAGAGAGACUGUCUGAAAGUAGUGAUAAUCUGGACGCUGAAGAAUUAGAGAAAUCUUCACGUAGGUGCCGCAGCUGCGAAGGUAUUUUAGAAGCGGACGAUAAAGCGCACACGCAUCUCUCCCUGUCUGCACCCUUAGAUGCCACCACGCAAACCAAGCGAAAGAAGAAUUUCAUGGACAGAUGUGUUAACAAAGUGAGACUGUGCUGAUGGUCGGUGACCGGACGUAAACGUGUUACAGAGUGUGUAUGGGAUGUGACCUCAUUUGGACCUGUAUCGAAUAUUUAUGUGAAUUUUAAUUGUAAAGUACAAAAGUGUGCACAAUCUGUAUAUAUUUUGUGUAUGCCAUUUAUUAGUUAAGUUAGUUUUGACAUCAAUAUUUUAAUUGGUUUAUCAAUAAAAAUGUAAUCUCAAUGUCAUAAUGCGAUUGUGGGGUUUUCGAGCCUGACGCAGUGUUUGCUACCCUGCUGUGUUUGAAGAACAUCGCACGAGGUGGUGACGGCGUGGAUGGAGCCAGUUUCAAUUGUUUAAUGGUCAAAUACUCAAAUAUGUUUUAACUAAUGACUUCUUCUACUUGAAAAUUGUAACUCACUGUUGUGUUAUACAAUUGUUAGUGAAAUGUAAGAUGACUUUAUUAGUUAUUAUACUUUUGAAUAGUUGACCGAGAGUAUGGCACAUUGCUUAGCAUUUCCUUAACCAGGCAUUAUUAUCUCUCUAUCUCUUCACUCUCUAUGUAUAGGAUUUUACGAAAUGAAUUUAUGGAUGAAUUUUUUAAUAUCUUGCCAAUAAAGUAUUUAACAAGAAAUAUAAAUAAAAUUAUUUUAACGAAAAUAUUAACUUAUGACUUGUAUUAUGUGAUAACCUAGAUUGUUCAAAAAUAAAAAUUUACAUCUAAUUAGUUUGUACAGUCAUAAGUUUUCUAAAGUGUAAAAUCUGCUAGUAUAUUUUAUUAUUUAUUUGCUUCAGAACUGUAAAAAUAUUGCUCCUUUAAAAUACCUACCUACCACUAUUGUUUACAAUUGUACAAAAUAUUUUAUGUUUUAGUUUUUAAUGUAGUCAUUCACUUCUAUGAGUUUAACCGCAAUAUACCUUUGUGUAUCUAUGUUUAUCAUAUUUAUGUACUAGCUAGGACUAACUACAAAAUAAAUUGUAUUAUUGAAAUUGAA